AUGAUGGAGUUCUUAAAGCCUGAAACUGCUGAAGCAGUUAUUAAAUUGUGGAAAGAUUUUCAAAGUGUUUAUACAGUUGUGAGUAAUUGGGAACCCAAGUCAAGUGCAAUGGAAUUAUGGAAAAUGGCAAAGGAGUGGGUAAAUUCUUUUGUAGCAUUGAGCGGCAAAAGGGAGGGAUAUGAGCGAAUGCGUGUUAUGCCAUACAUUCCUAUAAUGGCAGUCCAUAUUCCUUGGUUUUUUGAAAAAUAUUCUGCAGUCAAGAUGUUCACAGGACAGGGUGUCAAGAAAAAUGACGUUGCUCGCUCUAUAGUUCUACAGAAGUCAAAUAAGUGGGAUUCAACAGGAGACGUGCUUCGUUUUGAAUCAAGACAGUGGCUCUUCAAAAACAGAGAGCGAGAACCACGAGAAUACAAUAAAAGAAAUUUAGAGUACUGGAAUAAUGAGAUAAAGAAAAAACAUUGUGGACCUGCUCAACAAUACAGGGCACAGGAUAUAGGAGAAAACACUUGCAACCCGUCAACAAGUGGCCCCAUACAAACCCCUCCUGUCAACAUUGCAAAGAUGACCGUUCCUCAGCUAAAGCACCAACUGAAACAGAAGGGGAUAAAAGGGAUUUCAAAAAAGUCAAAACAAGAGUUAGUUGACAUGUUAACAUCUAUAAUUUAA